AUGCGCGGCCCCGCUGCUGCCGCCGCUGCCAGCUCCCGCUGCUGGUCGGACAGCGCCACCUGGUGCGGCGGCCCCGCUGCUGCGGCGUGCUGGGCGCGGGCAGCUCUCUGCCCCUCCGCUGCCCGCACCGGCUCCGCGCUGCGCACCGCUGCGUGCGCUUUAGCCUGCCGUGCGGGUGAUGGGAUGCGGCCGCAGCGACAUCGAGGGCCCACGACACCCAGCACAGCACAGCUGCCUUCUGUCGAUGGCCACAACAAGACAGCUCAGAGCUUCUUACCAAUGCAAGGCUGGCAGCGUCCACCCUGCAGCCCCACCUUAGGUGACUUUUCCCUGAAGGACUGCAGGGAAGCUCUGCGAGCCAUCCCGAGGGCUCACCAUGACAACCGUGUCACAAGCAACGGGACACUCCAGAACGCAUCCCCGGCACACAGCAGCAUGAUGGCCACUGCAGCCAUAGCCUCCACGGAGCUGAGGCUUCUGCUGAGAGAUGAGGUUUUUGUCGACUUUUUCAACGUAUUUCUGAACCUUCCUGUUUUUGGCCAGACACCCAUUUAUUUCAGCAGCACAGGCCAGUGGGACCUCUGGCCAGAGCUACCAAGCCACCUGGAUGCCAGCCCCGCGGCUCUGCUGGCUUGGCUGGAAAAGCACCGCCUGCCUCCCUUCUGCAAAUCCAGCUUGUGCCUCCACCUCGUCCUCUGCCAGAAGCUGCUGGGUUUCAUUCGGUCGGGGGAAGCAGCAAAACUGCUCAACUGGCAAAGUGCAGACCAGUGGCUGCUGGAGAAGUGCAUCAGUGGGAGCCAGGGCAUGUGGCACUUUCGAGCCUUCAUCCAAGGAACAGCAGGUGAGGAGCUGACCAACUUCUGGCUCACCACCGAAAGGCUCCUGGAGCUUGAUGAGUCAGAUGCAAGGCAGAGGGACCUCCACCUGUCCUUACUGCACAAGCUGAAAGCCACUCACCUGCGUGAAGGCUCCAGUGUCAUCACACUCUGCAGGACCAUCGUUGGGUCCCUGCUGAAAGCUGGACUUGUUCAGCCCAUCAGCACCAGGAGGGAGAUCCUAAGCAAGAUGCAGGAACGGGUUCUUUUUACAAUUCAGAGUUACUGGCUCCCUAAAUUCUUCAUCCACUGCAAGAUGAGCAUGGAGAAAGAGAAAUCGUGCCAGCCUCUGCUGCGGGAGUAUCAGGAGCGUUUAUCGUGGGGCACCUGGCAGGAGCCCUCGGGCUCUGCAGAGGAUCUCCUCACCAUGCACAUCAAAAGAAGCCAGGGAUUGUCAGGACCCUACUGCAGCAAGAAGGCCAAAGCAGACAUCUGGGCUCUGCUCAAGGAGGAAAGAGACUUCCAAGAGAGGAAGAUGCCCACUUUUUGGGUGCAGCCAGAAAGGCAGCCAGGGCCAGCUGGGAGCACAGGGGAAUCUCAGCUGGUUAAGAACGCUUUGGGAUGGGUUCCUCAGCAGCCAGAGCACCCUGCAAGCACUGCUCCAACUAAAUCAGCUGCCUUUGGACACAACCGAGGGGCAGCCUCUCCCAAUGGCCCUGAACCCGGUGCAGAGUGGGUCCCUCAUCUGAAAGGCCUCCAUGAAGGGAGAAUCCUCUGUAAUCUGCAUUCCUCUGCACCCCUUGUCCAGCUGCCAUCCCCGAGGAAGUCAGCCAAGACCUGGAGCUUCCUUCCUUGGGCCCUUCGUGCAGACAGCUGUGCAGGACGGCCCUUCAGGCACUUCUUGUGGCACCAGCACUGCUACGUGGAGGCUCUUCUCCUGGACCUCUGGCAUGACCUGGAGGAGUUUCUGCCUGUGGCGCUGGACCCCAGCAAAGAAAACAGCUUCUUCCUGCGGCAUUUGAUUGGGGAGAGGAUAUGCAAGACCUACCUGGAAGGGAGCACUGCUGGGCACCUUCCCCUGGGGACCAGGACUGUCAGGAGCUUGCAGAAACAUCUGAUGUGUGGAGAGUUCUCCCCCUGCAUCUUCAAAGCCCAGAGGGAGAUUUGCAAGGUGCUCUGCUGCUUCUAUGAGGAAUUCCUGGCUGCUGAUGACAGGACCUUCCUUCAGUUUAUGUCUCCACAGAGCAGUGCCCCAGCGCCUGAGGAGCAAGGCCAUGCCCUUGGGAAAGAGGAACAUUUCCUCCUCUUCCAGCGACUGAAUGGGUCCCUGAAGCUGAGCCAGGCCUUGCAUGGCACAAGGGACUUGGAGGGUCUCUCCUCUGAGCACUGGCAAUUAUUGGCCACUCAGGACCUCAGUAAAGGGGGCUUCCUCCUGGCAGAGGUGGAAGUUCUCUGCAGGACAGGUAAGAGGCAGCUCUGCCUUUCUGCCAGGGCUCACAGCGACACAGCACACAUCCUGCACCGGCACUUUGUGAAAGUACUGCACAACCCUGCCCACCUGCAGUACUUCAAGCAGUUCCUGGAGGAGCGUGGUGCAGACAAACCGCUGCGCUUCUGGAUGGCUGUGGAGAAGCUGGUCAGAGACACCAGCCCCGAGAGAAAGAGAUUCCUGCUCAGCAGCAUCAUCCAGAAUUAUUUCCAUGGUGAAAUCCCAGCUGAGGAGCAGCUGGACUGUGACUCCUCUAUCAUCAGUGAAAUACGCGAGGCCGAAGCAGUCAGCCCCUCCCUGGUGAUGACAGCACAGGUCCUUGUCCAGAAAGCAAUGGAGAAACGAUGGUUUAAAGAGUACCAAGACUUGUUCCCCCCAAGUGAGACGCAUAAGCCUAACCUUCAUCUGCGGCGUAGGAUGGAGAAACUCAGGACAGACAAGCUGCGGAGCGCCUGGUGCGCCAUUCGCGACCUCAUCAGGAGCCUCUGCAAGUUCCGCAGGGAGAUGCACAGCGCCGAGCGCCGCGCCGAGUUCGAGGACUUUCUCCGCCGAGAACUGGGAAACGAGGAGGAAAAUGUGCCGGUGGGCUCAAGGCAGAGCAGCAGCACCACCCUCAGCAGCCCAGCGGACAAAGCGGCACCAGUGAGACGCCUCAUGUUUAACAGGCAGCUCGUCACCGUUAACUUCCUCGUGGAUGACCUCCGCUUCUACCUGGAGAUUGACAAGUUUUCCAGUCUGGCUGACUCAGUUGAAGCUCAGGCAGCCCACAACAUGCAGACAGGGAAGCAAGUUGCCUUCCUCAAAAAGAAAGCUGCCAUCAUCAGCAAACUCUUCCUGAGCUCCGACAUUCCCCCCAGAUUGCGGGUAAAUAUCUCUGAAGAAGAGAGAAAAUUCAUCUGGAGCUUAUCUUCUAAAGGGAUACUGAACCGUGCCCUCUACCAUAGGGCCAAGGUCACCAUCUUCCCCAUCCUGAUGCACUUCUGGAGAAGGUUCUGCCACUGGAAGGUGAUGAGGAGCUUUAGGGUGUCUGCGACAGACAAGGUGCCAACCUCUUUGCCCAGCACAAGAGUCUCCUCCAAAUCAUCUGACAUGUACAGUCCAGGCGACCACACAGUCAUCACCUUCUCACUCCAGAAAGGGAUCCGGAUCCUGCUGCCAAAGCCCCAGAAGGAAACUGACUCCUCAGAGGAGAAGGAAGUAAAAUCCCCAGCUGCAGCCCCCCUCUACACCCUGAACACCCCCAACCAGGAGCACACGUCCUUAUUGCUCAUCUCCCAUCACCCAGACCCUGCCUCCAUCAGCAGCAACCACUGA